CCGCCCCGCCCCGCCCCCGCGGCGCCAGCGGAGCCAAGAUGGCGACCGAGCUGGAGUACGAGUCUGUGCUGUGUGUGAAGCCUGACGUCAGCGUCUACCGGAUCCCGCCGCGGGCCUCGAACCGCGGCUACAGGGCAUCUGACUGGAAGUUAGACCAGCCUGAUUGGACUGGCCGCCUCCGAAUCACUUCAAAAGGGAAGAUCGCCUACAUCAAACUUGAAGAUAAAGUUUCAGGGGAGCUCUUUGCUCAGGCACCAGUAGAGCAGUACCCUGGCAUUGCUGUGGAGACGGUGGCAGACUCCAGCCGCUACUUUGUGAUCAGGAUCCAGGAUGGUACCGGGCGUAGUGCAUUCAUUGGCAUUGGCUUCACCGAUCGGGGGGACGCCUUUGACUUUAACGUUUCCUUGCAAGAUCACUUCAAGUGGGUGAAGCAGGAAACUGAGAUUUCCAAAGAAUCUCAGGAAACAGAUAAUCGCCCCAAGUUGGAUUUAGGCUUCAAGGAAGGACAGACCAUCAAGUUGAGUAUUGGGAACAUUACAACCAAGAAAGGAGGUACUUCUAAGCCCCGGGCCACAGGGACUGGGGGCCUGAGCUUACUACCACCUCCACCUGGAGGCAAAGUCACUAUUCCCCCACCGUCCUCAGUUGCCAUCAGCAACCACGUCACCCCACCGCCUAUUCCAAAAUCUAACCAUGGAGGCAAUGAUGCAGAUAUCCUUUUAGAUCUGGAUUCCCCUGCUCCUGUCACGACUUCAGCACCAGCUCCAGUUUCUACAAGCAGUGACUUGUGGGGAGACUUUAGCACUGCAUCCAGCUCUGUUCCGAACCAGGCACCACAGCCAUCCAACUGGGUCCAGUUUUGAGUGUCAUUGGCAUGAUGUUAAGGACACACUUGAAGAAUAAAAAUGACCCUGAGGGCACCAUUCUGUGAGGGAGUUGAGGGACCGCUUCAUUUCCCAGAACCAAAAUCAGUGGACAAUCUUUUCCGUAGCUUCUCUGUUGCUUUCAGGCUGGAUUAUUUUGUUACCUCUGUUACUUGCUGUAUGCCAGGAGACCACCUGUUGUUUCCUGCUCACAACCAAGGCAGGGGAGUAGCGGGAAACUAUCACACUGGCCGACUGUGCAGAGUUCAGAAGGCCAACUUUGAGAGUGUGAGUGACCUCAAACAUUUGUAAAUUCUUGAAUUUAUUUCAGAAUCAUCUCA